AUGGGCGGGCUCCCCUAUCCGGAACUAUCCGACUGGCAUCCCAAGGGCCAGACAACCACCGCAUACGACCUUUGGAACGAGGAGCGUGGCGCCGGGACGCGCGCCGUGAUCAUCGUUGAUCCCGACGGCGUGAUCCGGUAUCGCGAGACAUACCAACCGGGCACACUGCCGGACCCGGAGACAAUCCUCCAGGCCGUGACCGACAUCAACGGCUAA